UUAAAUGGUACUAAGGUUGUUUAAUGUGACUUCUUCAGGUCACUGCAAGGAAGCUGGAGGCAGAUUUUGGCCCAAAUUUAUUUUUUUAAAGCUUCCUUAAUAUUGAAAGUUGUCCAACAUUAAAAUCAAAUAACUCACAAAGUAGUCAGUUCCAAAAUCAAAGGCUGUAUGAUCACUUGUCAUGGCUGACUCAGAGAUAUUUCCUGACUCAGGUAAAGGCCAGACUAAAUAACCUGAAAGUUCCCUUCUAGUUCUGAGUCUAUGAUUUUGAGUGAUCUUGUCAGAACUUGCCAACAUUUCACACGAAGAGGUUUCAAAUAUUAGUUGGUGAUUACCAAAAUUUUAAAGAGAAGCAAAGUUAAGAAAAUAAGCUUCCAAUGAGGAAUCUUUCAUCAUUGUCAUUUUUAAACACUGUCCAAGUUGUCACUUUUAUAAAAGUGGAUUCAGCCCAUUGCUCACUUUUAAUUUGGAAUGAAAGUUUUGUUCCUUCUUUCUUUUUAGCUCUGAGUUAUUGUGUAAUUUAUUGCAUGCACCUACAAAGAGAAUUCCAACACAUUAGGAGAAGAUAGUAGCUGACUGAUAAAGAGAGACAAACCUGUUAUCCCCACAGGGAAAUGUCUCCCUUAUUUAUACUCCCAAACAUAGAGUCUUUAUGUUUCUGAGUAGAAUCACCAUCUCAAAUUGUCCCUGGCACAUCCAAGUUCCUCGUUCACCUUCCCUUACUGAUCUAAAUCUUUUCAAACAAUUGCUAUUCUUUUUUUCAAAAGUUAUGCUUCCUAUGCUCAUUUAUUCUCGUGUGUGCUUAUGUUUAUUGAAUAGUCUCUCCCUCCUAUAGCAGUCACAUUUAAUCGGUGACUUCUAGCUCUUCAACUCACUUCAUCCUGAAGCCAUUAUUUCAAAGAAGGCACUGCAUGCCCCAAAAGUGUGGUAGUAGUACUAGAGCUACAACUCAAUGGGAACAGAUUGCUUUGUGUUGAGGAUGCCAUCAUUUAGGGGAAUGGAGUACUUUUUCCCUGUGUCCUGUUUAAGUUACAAAAGUUCAACUCAACUCUUCUUGGAUCUAUUUUGUCUUUUUUUGUGCAUCAUACCUCUUAAAAUAGCAAGUUCCACAGACUUAUAAAAGUAGUAUAUAAACUUCCUGAAGUCAAGAACUUGUUUUAAUUUUUGUCUUCAGGUCCCUAGUACCUAGCACAGUACCUUGUACAUAAUGCACACAAUAAAUAGUUAUUCAACUGCUUUAAGUACCUUGAAGUCAGGGAUUCUUUUGUUAUUAUUUUUGUAUUCUCAAGACUUAGUAAAAUGACUGCCUUAUAGUGAGCCAUCAUGGUUCCUUAUGUGUAAAGAAACAUUUCUUAACUUGUCUGGAAAAGGCUUGCUGUCAUCUUCAGAGUGGACAUUCUUGAAUUAUAAGAUUUUACCAACAAGUUGUAGUAGCUUUAAUUAUUUGAUGGUUAAUGUUAUUUUCUUACCUCUUUUGUCAUUUGGGUUUGAGUAGAACAGGGUUCCUCAAAUCAUGGGGAGGAACUUAGGAAUCCAAUCCAUACCCCUAAUUUUAUAGCUAAUGAAACUGGGUCUUGAGAUCAUGGUGCUGGUUAGAAGAACCAAUCAUAGAAACUAGCUAGAUUUAUUUAGUGCUUUUCCUACCACACAUUGCUUCAUUCUCCCACCUACUUUUUAUGUGAUCUCUCUUUUCUCAUAUCCAUCUUUGUUACCUAGGCCCUGGUCCCUGUGACUAGCCAUAUGCCAUUUGGAAAGAGUGAGACAACAGGGCACUAGGGACCCUGCGUCUGACCAUGUUGCAGGAUCCUCACUGAAAUGCUGAUGAAGGCAGAAUAGUUUUUUUCUUUUUUUUUCAAGAAGGGAAAAAUGUACCAUCAGCAAUAUUUGUUUAAGAACUCCAUUAACUUAAUAAGUAACUGUUGGUUUGCAACUUAACUUUGUACUAUGUAGACAAAUUUGGUUGUUAGUAUUUACAUUUUAUCAGGGGAAAUAUAACCAAAAAGAGAAAGAUCAUCUCACUAUUUCAACUGAUCAUUCAAUCAGUAAAUAUUUAUUAAAUACUUCAUAUGUUCCAAACACUCUCCUAAUGUGCUUUGAAGACCAUCCCUGCCUUUAAGAAGCUCACAAUUUAAUAGAUUAUGACAUUGACAGGCACCUAUUCCCAUCUCCUGACCCUUGGGCAAGAAGAAGGAGUAAAACCAAAUAGAAGAACUGCAGGAGGAAGUCUUUGACAUUCAGGCAAGAUUAUAGUUUUGGAACUGCAGCCAACAAUAAUUUCUGUUUGUCUCAGAGCAGAUGGGGGACUUAAUACAAGUAUUAACAGAGUCCUGAAGCAAGAAAAGGAAGACGAUGGCCCUCUGAAAAAAACCUCCCCAUUGUAUUGGGGGAAAGCCCUUGAGGGUAGCUGUCUGACAUCACACCAUUCCCCAGACCAAAAUCAGCAGGAGAUAGGGCAGCUCUGCUCUCCUGCUGCUCCCUGGAGUCUUUGAAUGUCAAGUUCCGCUAUUGGUUACUUUGUGCUGAGCUGCGAACUCUGUGGUUAUUGGGAAGCAGCCUUAAAAGCCAAGGGAGUGUCUGUUUUCAAGAAUAUCUAGCCUCACACUAUUCUAGGCAUCAGCCAGUGAUUGCACUACAAGCAUCCUGGCAGCUACAGACAAUCCACAUCUGACCUGCAACCAUCAGGGAUGAAUGCUUCCAAACUGCCCGGAGUGAACAGAUUAAAACAGUUUUGGAGGGAGCUGGUGGGAAGUAAUCCUCCACAAAGGAAUUGGAAAGGAAUUGCAAUUGCUUUGCUUGUUAUUCUGGUGAUCUGCUCCCUUAUUGUCACCUCUGUUAUUCUUCUCACACCAGCCGAAGAUAACAGCUUGUCACAAAAGAGAAAGGUAACAGUUGAAGAUCUAUUCAGUCCAGACUUCAAAAUUCAUGAUCCAGAGGCUAAAUGGAUAAGUGAUAAAGAAUUUAUCUACAGAGAACAGAAAGGAACUGUGAUGUUGAAGAAUGUUGAGACAAAUAAUUCUACUGUAUUAAUAGAAAGCAAAAAAAUUGAAUCACUAAAAGCUGUCCGAUAUGAAGUGUCUCCAGAUCAAGAGUAUGCCCUCUUUUCUUAUAAUGUGGAACCGAUUUAUCAGCAUUCAUAUACUGGAUAUUAUUUCCUGAGCAAAAUUCCUUUUGGAGAUCCUCAAAGCUUGGAUCCUCCAGAAGUCAGCAAUGCAAAACUCCAGUAUGCAGGGUGGGGUCCUAAAGGUCAACAGUUGAUAUUUAUCUUUGAGAAUAACAUCUACUACUGUGCACAUGUGGGAAAACAAGCAAUCCGUGUGGUCUCUACAGGGAAAGAAGGUGUCAUUUACAAUGGUCUCAGUGACUGGCUAUAUGAAGAGGAGAUUUUAAAGACUCACAUUGCUCACUGGUGGUCUCCGGACGGGACUAGGUUAGCCUAUGCCACCAUCAAUGACUCCCGAGUGCCCAUCAUGGACCUGCCCACCUAUACUGGCUCUGUCUACCCCACUGUUAAGCCUUAUCAUUACCCUAAGGCUGGAUGUGAAAAUCCAAGCAUUUCUUUACAUGUCAUCGGUUUAAAUGGGCCCACCCACUAUCUGGAAAUGACACCACCAGAUGAUCCAAGAAUGAGGGAUUACUAUAUAACCAUGGUGAAGUGGGCAACAAGUACCAAGGUAGCAGUGAACUGGCUGAACCGAGCCCAGAAUGUAUCUAUCCUCACACUCUGUGAUGCCACCACUGGAGUUUGCACAAAGAAACAUGAGGAUGAAAGUGAAGCUUGGCUACACAGACAGAAUGAAGAACCCAUCUUCUCCAAAGAUGGUCGGAAGUUUUUCUUUGUUAGAGCCAUUCCCCAAGGAGGACGAGGAAAGUUCUACCAUAUUGGCAUGGCAUCUUCACAGCCAAAUAGCAGCAAUGACAACCUCCAGUCCAUCACCUCAGGGGACUGGGAUGUGACCAAGAUUCUGGCCUAUGAUGAGAAGAGAAACAAAAUUUAUUUCCUGAGCACCGAGGAUGAGCCUAGAAGACGACAUUUGUACAGUGCUGACACCGAAGGCACCUACAAUAGACAGUGCCUCUCCUGUGAAUUGAUUGAGAAUUGUACUUACUUCAGUGCAUCCUUCAGUCACAACAUGGACUACUUCUUGCUGAAGUGUGAAGGUCCCAGAGUCCCCAUGGUGACAGUACACAACACCACUGACAAAAAAAAAAUCUUUGAGCUGGAAGUAAAUGCCCAUGUACAGAAGACUAUUAGUGACCGGCAGAUGCCUAAAAUUGAAUACAAAAGUAUUGAGAUCGAAGAUUACACCUUGCCAAUGCAGAUCUUAAAGCCGGCCACCUUCACUGACACUGCGCACUAUCCUCUGCUCUUGGUGGUUGAUGGCACACCAGGGAGCCAGAGUGUGACUGAAAAGUUUGAGGUCAACUGGGAAACUGUCAUGGUCAGCAGUCACGGUGCCAUUGUGGUGAAAUUUGAUGGUCGUGGUAGUGGCUUCCAAGGCACCAAGCUUCUCCAUGAAGUGAAGAGAAAACUGGGAUCCCUGGAAGAGAAAGACCAAAUGAAGGCUGUGGGGACAAUGUUGAAGGAAGCAUACAUUGACAAGACUCGUGUUGCUGUGUUUGGGAAGGAUUAUGGUGGGUACCUGAGUACAUACAUUCUUCCAAUAAAAGUAGAAAAUCAAGGUCAAAGCCAAGGUCCAGUUUUCACCUGUGGCUCAGCUCUUUCCCCUAUAACAGACUUCAAAUACUAUGCUUCUGCAUUUUCUGAAAGAUACUUGGGCCUCCUUGGAAUUGACAACAGAGCAUACGAGAUGACCAGAUUAGCCCAUCGGGUAUCAUCCUUGGAAGAACAACAAUUCUUGAUCAUCCACGCAACUGCUGAUGAAAAAAUCCAUUUCCAGCAUACAGCAGAGCUCAUUGCACAUCUAAUUAGAGGAAAGGCUAAUUACAGCUUGCAGAUCUAUCCAGAUGAAAGCCAUUACUUUCACAGCUCCUCUCUGGAGCAACACCUCUACCAAUCCAUCAUCAACUUCUUUGUGGAGUGUUUCAGGAUUCAGGACAAACUGCCCACAGUCACAAUGAAAGAAGAGGAGGAGGAGGACUAACUGUGCAUCCACACCAAGCACAAAAAUGGUUCUUUCUACCUAACAAUAUGCAACUGAAAAGUGUCUCCCCUACCCUUCCCCUGACCCUUCCCCUGGGGUGGGGAGGAGAUGAGGAAAGAAAUGUUAUGUUAGCAUGUGUGUCACAGAACCGAAGGCAGCCUUCCUGCUCUAUCUCAGCAGCAAGCCCCUUCCCAGGCAGAGGGGCAUCACGCAUGACAGGUCCGACAGAGACUGCUGUCUGGAACGAAUAUAACUUCAAGGCAUCACCUUCUCUUGGCCACAGAGUGACUGCUGGAUUAAGUGCCCCUCACUCCCUCUACCGCAAGGAAGAGUGCUUAUGGAUCAAUGGUAGUAAAGGCCCGCCUUGAGGACUUCAAGAUCACUGGCCAGAUCGUUGGCCCUUCAAACCCAAGCUAUCCAACAGUAGCAUCGAAGCCCACCUCCCGCAUUAGAGCGCCAUUGUCAGCAGCAUCACAUUGUGUCCGAUGAAACUGUCAUGGAAAUUUUAAAAAACAACCAAGAUUAUAGCACAAUUAUUUUGAAGGUAUUUUAAAGAUUCCUCGAUUUGCUUGCUCCUUCCCAUCAUUAGAAGAUUCAGUGUUCCUCCCAGUCUGCUUUGAAGAAGACAGACUCCGGAUUGUACAAAGUAUCAUUGUAGUUAUGCUAAUGUUUAACCUUAUGGAAUUAAUUAGUAUUUUUAUAUAGUUUUUAUCUGAAGCUCUGUUGUCAUGGAGUUCUUUGGGUUCGCUUUGCUUUUCUCUGUCAAUCUGCAGGCUUUCACCUUGUUUGGAUAAGGAAACACCUAAACUAACUACGUUGUCUUUAAAGUCAUGAGUCAGACACAUUGUGGAGCCAUUUCAGAAAGCUGAGGGACGGAAGACACCCCGGGCACGUUGGUUUGCAAGAGGCUGCUUUCCCACAGAGCUUGAUUUGGGUUUGGGUUUAGAUUUGCCACUGUCCGUUUCCAUUCCCUUCCAGGAACUCAAACCGUCAAGUCCCAUUUCUCCCUAAGUGGUCUCGUCCGUCGGUAUCCCAUUUGGUAAAAAUGACAGAGCUUUGAUCCCAUCCUCUCCAGUCUUAUUAAGUAUGCUCGAGUCACACUAACCCUUGUAGAAGAAAAACCUCAAGAGAAAAAAUGUGUACCUGUCAGAAUUGGACUUCGUUUCCUGGGAAUUGUUCCAUUGCCCUCCCCCUUUGAGUGGUAAGGUUGAUGUUGCUCCCUACGUUAGCCUUGUAAGAUAUACUCUGACCAAAUGUACAGCCAAUAUUCAUAGUGUAUAUUUCAUUUUGUUGUAUAUAAAGGAAUGUAUGUCAGUCAUUUGUGGAGUCUCCCUGCCCUCCUCCCUCAGCCCCCCGGCGAUAUUAAUCCUGUGUUCAGCGUGCAUGCUAACACUCUUUGGCUGAUCUGAACUCUUUAGAAAUGCUAGUUGGAAAUAUAUCAAUUACUGUCAUUUCCUUUCUCACGUGUUGACAGCCUGAAUGUCAGUACCGAUUUCUUCAAGCUUGCAGUUGUCCUGUGGGUGACCUCGACGUCUGACAGCGGUGAAGACAUCUCCAUGAUGCUUUUCAGUGGUUGGGGAUUUUGGUUUUACCUUUAAGCUUUGGCUGUCAGUUGUAGUUAGGUCAUCUUGGAAGACCUUCAUGGGAUUUUCUGUUUGUUUUUCUUAUUUUUUGGUUUUUGUUUUCUAAACUAAGGAAGGUGACACACAUCGCCAUUAUGUGAAGAGAUCAACCCACUGACAAACAGGACCAAUCAGAAUGCUGUGUGUUCAUGCUUUUGCUACUUCAAUGGGCUCGACUGUCACCAAAGCCAACCUGAUCUGAAAGGGGAACCCGGCUCUGGCCAUGAGAUUUGGUAGGAGGGAAGUUAGGACGUGGCAUGGUAGCGUUUGUUCAUCCAUGGAAUAAAACAUUAUUUUACCA